AUGGGGUGUGGAGUAAGCAGACAGGAGCGCCCAGAGCAGGAAAGGAAUGCCCAAAUUGAAGCACAAUUAAAGUGCGACUGGGCGCUGCAGAAUAGGGAACUGAAAGUGCUUAUGCUUGGUGCUGGUGACUCUGGCAAAUCUACAGUCAUGAAACAAUUGAAACUCGUACGUGGUGGUGGAUAUUCCCACGAUGAGCGCCUGAUCUUCAAGCCCAUUAUCCUUGAGAACAUUGUCAGAUCCAUGCGGAGCAUUCUGGAAGCCAUGGCCGUGUUUGAGAUAUCCGUGGAUAAUUCGGCAGCUGCCCAAUAUUCCCACGUGAUUUUCAUGCAAGGACAACGGUCUUAUCUUAAAGACGGCAUGCCCCACGAGGUACAUAUGGCUCUGAAAUCUCUGUGGAACGACGCAGGUGUGCAACAAUGCUAUGCGCGGUGCAGUGAAUAUCAGGUCAUGGACACCGCCGGAUACUAUUUUGACGAGAUUGACCGCUUCGCCGACCGCCACUUCUUACCGAACGAUGAAGACAUCGUCAGGUCUCGCCUUAAGACUACAGGAAUAAAUGAGUUCCAUUUUACCGCUGACAGCCUCACGUACCGUAUCGUCGACAUUGGGGGACAGCGAUCGGAGAGAAAGAAGUGGGUGCAUUGUUUUGAAGACGUGAAAUUGGUUCUAUUCCUUGUUGCAAUUUCAGAGUACGACCAGUGCUUGUACGAAGACCCUACAGUGAAUCGUAUGCAAGAAGCAUUGGAUCUGUUCAAAGAUACUUGUGAAUCACGUUGGUUGAAGCAGGCGGCAAUCCAACUUGUUUUCAACAAGACAGAUAUCUUUAGGGAGAAGUUAUUUUCUAGUCCUUUACAGAACUAUUUUCCAGAUUAUGAAGGUGGCUCGAACUACACCAGGGCUUGUCACUAUUUAUACUUCCCAGGUCGGUACCAUGAUCCAAACGCUCUUGAGUAA